UCUCUUGCGGUAAUGUGACGGACUGUGGGAAUCCAUUUAAAGAUGGCCGCUGAUCGAACAACGUCACGACUUUAUAGCUAAAGAAAUCUGUGAAAAACCGUUGACUUUCGUUGUCGCGAGCAACGUUUCUGAUCGAAAAAUCACAGAUUCGAAGAGAAUGAACUAGUUUUCCGGAAGAAAUAUGAAUUGUCAUCAAAUAUUAAGCGGAGCCUGUAAUGCAGGAGAUCGUUGUUACGCCGUCGGUUCCGUCGAGGGCAUUUCUUUUACUGCAUACGCGGCAGGCUGCAACAUUGUAAUCCUUGCCAGUAACUUUGAACGGGUUCAAAUAAUCCCAGGAGCUGUGCACAAUUAUAUAAGGAUUAGUUGCUUAGAUUGCAGUACAGAUACAGGGAAAAUAGCAGCAGCCUAUGAAAAUCAAGUCUGCAUUUUCGAGCCGACGCCGUUAAUCCAUAGCACUUGCUCUCACCAAUUGGAAUACCGAUGGGUACAAACCGGUAGUUUACAAACGGAAUCGAACAUUAGUUCUCUGUCAUGGAAUUUAGAAGGGACAAGGUUAUUAACCGGAGGAGAACUUCUGCAAUUAUGGCAUCAAAAUAUAACUCCGUUUCAAGAAGAACAUACAAAGGUGAAUGUGUCGCAAAUGGGAGAAACCAUUGCUGCCGGAAGAAAAGAAAGUACUCUGAACGCUCUUCCAGACUCUGGCACCGUCACUUUUUCGAUCGGCGGAGAAGCAGACAGUCCCGCGCCUGGAGAUUCGACCAACGGAAACGAACCGGGCACUUGGAAUUGCGUUUGGAAGUGUCGCACUGCCACGCCGGUGCAUCUUAUGAGUUUCAGCCCUGACGGCACAUUAUUUGCAACUACGGGCUUCAACGAUAGAUUAGUGAAGAUUUGGUUCGAAAACAAGCAAUUAUUUUCGAUGAGGAAUAUGGAUCACAAUCCAAACGUUUCGCAAUCCACUGGCAACGAUAGUUACAGUUUCGUUUAUGUUGCUCAUCCACGUGCAGUCACGCACUUAUCAUGGCGCAAGACUAGCAAAUAUAUGCCAAAAGGUUCUGUUUCCAACAUGCUGGUGACAUCGUGUAGGGAUAAUAUAUGCCGAGUGUGGGCCGAAACGAUACCACCGGAGGUCGAAGGUUUAGCUAAUAUGAGUCAAUUCGAAGGUUCCGACAGACACGGUCAUCAUGGAAAGCAUCGGCAUCAUAAUAUGCACAAACAUCGAUUCAUGCAGCGAUUGAAACACAUGAAAACGUGCUUUCAUAUUCGUCGACACGCAAAGCAGCAACAUCAGGCGGGGCACGUUACAGCUCCGACAUUGCCAACUUUACCUUCAACGUAUUCCGUACACGACUUUCACAAUAAUUAUCAAGGUGCUGGUCACUAUCCGGGAAUGCAUUUUCACUUGGCAGCUAGUAUCAAUGCAGAAACUGAUAUACCGUUAGUACCAAGUUUAAUUACCGGAGAUCCAGAGAGAGAACCAAAUUUUAUUCUUCACUGGUUGAACAAUAAGGAAAUGCACUUUACUCUGCAAGCGGAAAGUAUUUUACAAGAACUCACUCGCAAAGUGGUGGAGAAAGAGGAAGGAUUGCAUCAUCAGGAAAUGGAGCAUGCAGAUCACGAUUCCGAAGAGGAAGGUCCCUUGAAAAAAGGAGUACGAUUGCAACACGUGCAAAAACCAGCAAGCGAUCGAAAUGUUCGAUCGAUCAGCCAAGAAGAUCACAGUAGCGACGAGCAUCACACAUCGCAUCAUAGUUUACCGCACAGCGUACAUUCGCAUCAAAGUCUUAGUAAUACCACGUCUAUCAACUCGAUCGCAACGGACGUAACGUCUUCGAUGAAUCAUGCUCCGGAUUCGUUGGACACUACGAUAGAAACGUUGUUACGAGAUUGGCAUCAUAAUCCGGAUCUACUUUUCUCGAUUCAUCCGAUCGAUGGAAGUUUCUUAAUUUGGCAUAUCGAGUGGUUGGACGAAUACCAUCCGGGAUCGUUUCGGCAAGCACAAAUAUCAUUUUCAACGCGAAUACCUAAUGCUUUCCCGCUUGGCGAUGCCUCGACGAUGAGUCAGAGUGUAUCGAUGUACUCUCAUAAUACCGGCGGCCCUCUAUUAAACAUCCGCGAAGUAGCAAAAUCAUCGACGAAAACAUCCAACGACGGUGCUGAAAUCUCAACACCGUUACCGAGUCUAAUCGAACAAGACGAAGAGCAGUCGACGUUAACGUCGAAAGCGGGUCAAGAACUUUUGAAAAAUAUCGAAAACACGUCCGAUCCUCGAGCCGGUCAGAACGCUUCGGGAAAAGAAAGAGAAGGCCAUACGGAGACUCGCAAGACGAAUCAGGAAACGGUCAACGAUCUAUUAGCGCAUCCUAGUCCAAUUGUUUCCAUGGUAUCGAAGCAUUCGAACGGAACGUUAAACUUAUGGCAACUGACGUUCGCCGAUCGAACCAAGUUCUCGCAAGUAUUGAGUAUCGGACAUGCAUCGAGGGCAUCGGGACAUCGUUUUCGAGUGAACGAUAUUACGUGUCACCCAGUUUUACCGUUGUUGGUGACGACUUCGCAUCACAAUAUACCGGAAUGUUCCGCGCCUCAAUGUCAAGCUAUCGAUUCGAACGAAAGCGCGAGCAGCAAGUCUGGAUUAGCUUCCGGGAAAAUGUCGUCGAAAGAUAUGUCGCCUACCGGGUUUUGUAGCGAGUUGAUACUUUGGCGGGUAGAUACGGUUGGACCUUUAUCGAAGAGCGGUGGAGUUUCGGAAUUGGCGCGUAUCAAUUCUCCCGAGAUUUCGGCGUUCAGUAACGUGGCUUGGAUUCCAACAUUGUUACCGAGCACCACCUUGGGUAAUUUAUCGAAUUCUCCGAGCGCGUGUUUCGUUGCUAGCGACGGGGAGUGUUUAAGAGUUUAUCAAGCAGUGAUCGACGCCAGAACGCUCCUGGCAGAGGUGUCGAGCAGCGAAAGGCGAAGCAGAAUGAUGGAUUCAAUGUCGAGCCUCUCGACGGACAUAUCGUCCGACGAUGGUAUCAGGCAUUCGAUUCACGAUAGGAUCAAGAUAGUGUCGCAGCAAUCAACGGCGAGACCCGGAUGCGUCAUACAACUGGAUGCUAUCGCCGAUGCGACGCAUGACUGGCAAAACACCCAAUUUCUACACGUAUUUCAAGAACAACUGAUCACAGGGGAUAGAAACGAUGAAAAAUCGUCCGGUGUGAACACAUCGGCAAACGAUUUAGGUUUAAUGGAGUCUACGCUGGACGCUAUGGUAGAUUUGCAGCAAUCCGCAAUUUUCGAAGAACCGUUCUACAUAGUAGUUCUAGAGAGAACGCAACACGCUACGACGGUACACAUGUGGCGGUUGAUCAUAGCCUCUCAGCCAGAGACCACUGGGCUGUCGGGAUCGAUGAUGUACGUACCAGAUUCGCAUUUGGUACAAGACGAGGAGGAGGAGGGGGGUACGCCUGGAAGGUACAUCUAUUCGGAGGGUAAAAGAUCUCGCAGGCCGAGUCAAACGCGUCGAGAUAGUCAAGGUGAAUUCGACGCGUUCUUUCAUAGGCGUCCUCAGAAUAGUCACGUUCGCAUCACCACCACGAAAGCUUGUACUCAGGAAUUACCGCUACCGGACGGAGUCGAGGUGAUCCAUGCAGCACCGGCCGCUGGUCAUUUGAGCAGUUCUUCCAUAUAUCCUGCUUGUUUCGCACCGUACAUUAUAGUAACAGCGUGCAGCGAUAGCACGAUACGCUUUUGGAAAUGUAAAGUGACGAAGAAUCAGUCGGACGAGAAGCUUCAUUACGAAUGGUGCGAAUGGGAAUUGUUGCGAAAGGAUCAAGAAUCGACGAUCGAUAUUACGGGGCAACCGUUGAACAUAAGCGCCGCGUACAGCGGCCGAAUCGCUUGCGCGUACAAAUACGGGAAAUCGUUCACGCGACCAACCAAGAGCGAUCCCGACUCGCGGUACGUGAAUCUUUGCGUAGCUAUUUACGAGUGCGAGAGCACUGGUGGUAGCGAGUGGAUUUUAGAGGACACGAUACACUUGAAGAACAUACACUUGCCGAGAAUUCCAGUGGAUCAGCACUUGGAUUUGAGCUACCUUUACGACAGUAGGUUUCUACAGAAGAAGCAAAGGUUGACUCAAGUGUUGCAAACGCUCAGUCACGAGGACGUACGAUCGCCGCGGAACAGCGAUAACGGAGAAAGCACGAAAUCGAACGCAGGUUUAUUGGCGGUUCCCUCGUUCAGUACUCUUCAGUCCCUGCGAAAAUCGAUCAUAGAGAACGGCAACACUUGCCCGCUCACGCAGAAGCAUUUGGUACAGCUGGACUGGGUGUCCAAAGAAGACGGAUCUCAUAUUUUGACCGUCGCCGUCGGGUCAAAGAUUAUGCUGUUCACGCCGGUGUGCUCCGAUCUCGCGCAGGCCAAUAUGAAAGCGAUGAAGGAGUCGCAAAGUAACAAUCGACCGAUAUUGCGGAAGGCUUCGUCGUUGGCACAGCCGCAAUUCGUCGAUGAGAUUCGUUGGAUGAAACUGCGAAAGAUCGAGUUGACCACGGCGGAUGGCCUUCCACCUUUGCCCAUGCAAAUCUCUUGGGUGAGGGACGGGAUCUUGGUGGUGGGCAUGGAUUCGGAGAUGCACGUUUACUCGCAAUGGAAGCCGAAUCCGAAGAACGAGUGUUUCCACUCGAAUCUGCAGCAUCAAGAGUCGGACGAGUUCCAGGCGAGUCGGAACUUGCGAGACGAGGAUCUACGAACGUUGGCCAACGAGACCUCGCAGAGGCGAUUAGCGAACGUCUCCUCGAUGCCGCACCUGUCUCGCGUCAGUAGCAUCAACUUGUCGAUGCUCGACGCGAAGAAGAAGCGAGGGAUGCAAAAUGAGAACCUGAAUUUCGAUUAUAUGCCGGACUACGGUCUAUUCGAAGCCUCGCGGAUCGCGUGUCCGGUCCUGCCACAGUAUCAUCCGAAGCAACUGAUGGAGUUGCUCAACUCUGGUAAAAUCCGUUGGGUGAAGGCGAUAUUGGCGCACUUGGUCAGGUGCAUAGGAAGCUCCUGCCCCCUGAGGGCAGACGACGACAGUACGAAGCAACGCGGCGGCGGCGGCGGCGGCGGUACCGGCUGGUCCCGAACGAGGACCAUGUCGGUCAGUUACGUCGGUACCACGUCGCCUCUCGAGCCCAGAGGGUCGACCACGCAGAUUCCGGAGGAGCUCACGUUGGAUUACGCGGAGAUCACCUCGAUAUCUCCGUUGCCCCUUUGGACGCUACUGAUCGCGGACAAGGAGACGAAUCUGCCGCAUCAUCACCAGGCAGAGGACAAACAGGAUUACAAUGAGCUGUUCGAUAGUAACUUGGACGAAGGUGAGUCGUUGGACGACAUGCUGGAAGAAGAUUACGAUUGCUCGCGGCAAAAGGACAGACGUUCCUCGGUCCCGGAAAGACAAGGGAUAUCUCACUUUGGGCCAAGACAAGGCAGAUUGUUGUCACGACUGUUGACGCACGCCCACUUGCCCGGCCUCUCGAGUCUCGAUCAAAUGCAUUUGCUCGCUCUGGCCGAUACCGUGUCGACCUGUAACGUGGAUUUCGCGGAGCGUUUCGCGAUAGAUGCCGCGAAGAACGCGAUCGCGAAAGAAAACUUGACCGGCAUCCCUGACGGAGAAACUGUCUCGACAGAUUCGUUGGACGACUGUGGCCUCCGGUUUCUGUUGGCCAUGAAGCAUUACAACUAUUUGAUUCGUUGCCUUCCACUGGCUCAGAGAGCACAGUUCCAGAAGCAAGGAAUAUCCUCGAACAAUCUCGUCUGGGCAUUCCAUUCCGAGUCCGAGGAGGAACUGCUCGGCCUGAUACCUUCCUACGCGAAGGGUCAGCCAAGGUGGAGCGUGUUGAAAGAACUGGGCGUAGGCUGGUGGAUCAGGAGCAACAUCGCGCUGAAACGGUGCGUCGAGAAGAUCGCGAAAGCGGCCUAUCAAGAGAAACAAGACCCUCUGGACGCCGCGCUCUAUUACCUCGCGAUGAAAAAGAAAAAUCUCGUUUGGGGACUCUUUCGAAAUAAAAGGGACGACAGAAUGACCAGCUUCUUCGCGAACAAUUUCUCGGAAGAUCGUUGGAGGAAAGCGGCCUUGAAGAACGCGUUCGCUUUGCUCGGCAAGCAAAGGUUCGAACACGCCGCCGCCUUUUUCCUCCUGGCUGGUGCGCUCAAGGACGCCAUCGACGUGUGUCUGCACAAAUUGAACGACAUUCAGUUGGCCAUGGUGAUCGCUAGACUCUACGAGGACGACACCACCUCUCCGAAUAUGAGGAGGUUGCUCUACGAGGAAAUAUUAGGGUGCGACAAGGAGGGGCAAAAUCAAGACGUGAACAAAUUCCAUCCGGACCCGUUCCUGCGCAGCAUGGCGCUCUGGAUUCUCAAAGAUUACACAGGGUCGCUGAACACGUUGCUCUUGACGAACGUCGGAACUCUGCAUCCGCAGUACAACGACGAAUCCGAGAAACCCGAGGGCGCGACAGCGAAUCCAAAUGUUUUCAACUUCUACGUCUACCUUCGGACGCAUCCGUUGCUGAUCAGACAAUAUAUCGCGUCCACCGCCCAAGACAAGAAAAAGGGACAUUCGGUGGUAAUAUCGGGAUUUAGUUACGGCGCGGACACGAAAACUCAACCGGACAAGCAACUAACGUUGGAAGACAGUAUUACUCCGUUGGAAAGACAAUUGUACUUUACAACGGCUCAUGCACACUUCAAAGCUGGCUGUCCUGCUCUCGCCCUGGAAGUUCUUUCAAAGUUACCCAGCAAAGUACUGGACACCAAUUGCGAAGACUCGCCGAGUUUGCUAAAUAGUCCGAGCAAGUCCCGAAAACAAGACGCUCAAAUAGAUACGGGUAUCAUAAGCUGGGACGAUCAUUCGAAGCAAACCAACGACAACGAAGGUACGUUAGGCGGAAUAGACUGGUCCCAACCAGUGAGCAAUAAAGCGGAGGAGGAGUUGGUGUUAAAUUGGGACGACGAUGUGGCUGAAAACAACGAUACAGACAGUCCUCCGUUGAGUAUGAAACUAGACGGAAAGGAAGCCGAUGACGGCAAGUCGAUGGAAAAGGAUGAGAAGCCUGGAAAAUCGUCGAGUGGUUCGUUGGACAUUAUGGCGCAACAGUUGAAAUUCGUGGCUUGUUUAAAAAUUCUAAUGGAAGAGCUGUCGACUUUGGCAACGGGUUUCGAAGUGGACGGUGGGCAACUCAGAUACCAGUUGUACGUGUGGCUCGAACGGGAGGUCGACGCUCUUAGACAACUUUGCAGCUAUAGCGCCAACUCGGACGGAGACGCGUGCAACGUUUCGGAAUACGAAGGUGGAGGCAUGGUGGACGACAUACAAUCGUACAGCAGGCCCGGCGAACAACCGACGUUGCACGAAAUACUGGUAGCCGAUAAAUUAGAUUUCGAAGCCAAGGUACAGAGAGCCGUACGAAGAAAGAAAUGGUUGAAAGCGAACGAAACUCUUUUACGAACAUUACUAUCCUAUUGCUCGUUGCACGGAGCAUCGGGUGGAGGCUUGGCAUCGGUAAGAAUGGAGCUCGUCCUUCUAUUGCAAGAAUUGCAACAAGAAAAGACGCAACAACAGUUACUCAGCCCGCUGCCGUUCCCGACCACUCUUCCGCUGUUGAGCGCCAGUGUAGCUUGCAAUAAGACGGUCGUGGCAGAUCCGGUCAGGCAUCUGCAGUCUCUCGCUCACGACAUGUUGCAAACGUUGGUGGAAUUGCGCAAACCACCGAUGCCGAUGAGAAACACGCAUUACAGCGAAGUAUUUAUCAUGAGGGAUUUAGCGGUUGCCCUGAGUGCUUGUAUUUAUCAGUCGCUCUGCGAUUCCGACACGUUCGUGAUGAAACAUCAACAACCGGACAGUUUUCCAGCUGUCGCUGAAAUAGAAACGUUCUCCGGUGGACACUUGGUAGCCUGGAAUCGACAUCAUCGACGAUACUCGACGGACGACGGCGUCUGCAUCAACACGACGCCCUCCAAGUGGCCCGGUGUAACCAAUUUGCGCGCGUUACUGGCACGCGAGAAAGACGAGGACACGCCGAAACUAAAUAUUCUUCUUUGCGAAGCUUUCGUCGCGACCUAUAUGAGCUUGUUCGUUUAUGCUCUCUGGAGUUGCGACAGUCACAUUCUUUACAGACUCGUGGGACAAAGUUUCGACAACGGUACUUGGUCUUGCUUGUUCGGGGGUGGCGUUAAGAAAUUAUUGCGCGUCGCGAGCACGAGCAGCCAGGCUUGUGGCACGGGAACAGGAUCGACGGAGAGAUCCGGCGAUGGUACCUCGAACGAGGCCCAGACUACCGCGGGAGCUGUAUGGAAUACCAUGACAUCGCUGACCAAGCAGCGAGUAAGGUUGAAUAUGAAAUUAUUGGGCCAAUUCACUGGUCAGCAACCGAAUAUGAAAGAGGACAAACCUACCUACAGAGAACAAUUUGUGCCGCCUCAAAUGAGCAUGAUAUCGUACUUUUUAAUGAAGCCGCACAUAGAUAGCGAAUACGCGGAUGAAAUCGAUUACGAUUCGUCCGACUCUGCCGUGUCCGACAUGAAUUCAUCCGAGGACGAAGAGGACGUGUUCGACACGAAUUCGAAACAAAAGAACAAACCAAAGGACAAUACAGAGCAUUCGAACCCAAACUCGUACAGUUGGUGCAUCAUGAGAUUAGCUAUAGUGAAAAUACUGCAACGUCAACUCUCGGAUUUCUUGAACGUUGCCGGCAUAGAGAUGCAAGAAUUGCCCGUUAGUAGCCCGUUAAUUCAUGGGACGUUGGCGGUAGUGUCCCAAUGGCAGGAAACAUUGCGCGAAGAAUUAGAUAACAAGGGACCACCGCCGGUUCAUUACAUUCCUGGGUGUGCACCCGACCCGAUACCUACGCCGGGCAAACCGGCGAUACACAAAUAUCGAUCUCUACUGGAGAAAGGCAAUACACCGUUCAAUACGCGUCUAGCAUCGGCAGCGCCGGCCAAUCGACUCUGGUGUUUCUUGGUUAGACAAGAAUCGGUGCAAGACAUAUUCAUUCGAGCCGUAUUCGGGAAAAGAAGGUCGUUGUCGUCCAUACUGGAGAACAAUCAGGUUGCGAUCGACAAUUUAAAUCGUGGAACAACAACGGAAGACAAGGGUAGCGACAGCGGAACUACAAGUUUACCCGAGCCCGUUCGUAUCAUUCACAAAGAACAGGACAGCAUCAGCGCGUUUUGUCUGAACCAGGUAAAUCCAGGUUUAAUGGCGUUGGCUACUCCUCGCGAAGUUCAAGAAAUGAACAUAUCGCUGUUGCUCGAGUUGCCAUCUUGGUUGGAAGACGAAUGCGAAUUCGAUCUAAUCAAUUUGAAUAAACAGCCGGAACCGGAACCAGUACAACCGACCAGUUUCUUAGUGAUUCAGACCGCAGCGGAUCGACCGUUGCUCGCGCAGAGUCCGCAAACCAACAGUCCUCAGCCUCAGUCGGGCAUCGCGAGCCAAAGCGGAAGAGGAGCUAGCGUGAUGAAGGGGAUGCCUGCUUUUCCCGGCUCCCACGACCUGCGUUUCUGUCAGUUUGUUGCCGAUAGGAGCAAACACUUGUUGCAACCGAUCUUGAAGCAUAAAAUCGACGGCAUAAGGAGAAUUUCGUCGCAUCCACUUUUGCCGCUGUACCUGACCGGUUCUCAAGACGGCUCGGUCUCGCUUUGGGAAUGGGGACAUCAAACGGCUGUAGCGACUCCCAGGCAACCAGGAACGUUCGCGAAAGUAACUCGCGUGCGCUUCUCGCAGCAUGGAAAUAAAUUUGGUGUGGCCGAUUCCGAUGGGCAUCUCAGCCUCUUUCAAGUAGCUUGCAGGGAAGGAACUGCUCGGCCCUUCUUCAACUAUCAGUGCCAUAGUAAGGUAACGGCAGACUUUGUCUUCCUCGGCGCGUGCAGUUUAAUAGCGACUGCCGGCCAUGGUUCCGAAGGACGUAACGUUGCGCUUUGGGAUACUCUGCUUCCACAAAAUAAAUCUUUGAUUCAAGGCUUUACUUGUCACGAGCAAGGAGCCAGCUCGUUGAUACUCGCACCCCAGCAUCAGCUAUUGAUCAGUGGUGGAAAGAAAGGAGACGUCACCAUAUUUGACGUUCGACAACGACAACAACGUCACCGGUUUCAGGCUCACGAAUCAGCCAUCAAGUGUUUGGCUCUUGAUCCGCACGAAGAGUUUUUCGUCAGCGGGGCAGGAGAUGGUGAUAUCAAGAUAUGGGGUUUGACUGUUCACUCUCUGCUUUACUCUUUUCCCGGAGAACACCCUCGGUCUAGUUUUUUCAAAAAUAUCGGACAAAACAUUUUUCAGGGCGUCACGCAGUUACACGUGGACUCUGCGGGACGUUUAUUUUCCUGCGGUGCAGAUGGAUCUAUGAAAGUUCGUCAGUUGCCGGAACGCGAUUGUGUUAUACACACUUUAUAUUAAGAUAAUGGAAACAUGCUAAUCCCUGCUAAACGAAACGUUCUAAUGAAAAUACUAUUAAAUACAUACAUGAAUGUGUAUAUUCCUCGUAAAGAUUAGUUGCACGAAAUUGUACGACAAACCAAUUUCCCCCUUACAGACCGAUCAGCGGAAAGAGACCCCCCAGUCGUUUGAAUGUCUCUCUCGCUAAUCGUUGUUUCCUUAGAAAUCGCAUGUAUAUUUCCUUCUUUGAGUGUGUGUGUACAAUUUCACAAAGUACCCCAAACUUAGUACCAAAUUAUUAGUUGAUAGCAUCUGUUAAAUAAAUAUUCAGACCCGUACCUCGUAUCUAAUAUUAUGUAAUUUACUUUUCGUUGUAAGCAGCAAUUUAUUGUAUUUACAGUACUAGUAGUAAUAUUGUAAUCGAAGAAAUUUGUAAAAAAAGAAAAACAGCUUCUACCAUGUAAAGAAAUAUUUAUCGCAAACACACGGAACUGCAUAGUAUUUGAUGAAUAUGUGUGUAAGUACAUUGACGCAUUGAAAUUCCAAGUGAAAACAGUUGUUCUCAUUUUAUAUUACACCAUGUUAUCGUAAGAAUUUAUAUAUUUAUUUAUACUUGUAUUCGUCGUGUUACACGUCGACACUUUCGAAAAGAAAAGAAAAGAAAAGAAAAGAAAAGAAAAGAAAAGAAAAGAGAGGAAAGGUAUUCGAGAUGAAUUAUAUUAUACGCUUCUGCAAACGAAAUUCUAUCCAUAGAAUUUAUUCGAAGAAACAUUUCAAUGUUCCGCUAGUUAUCGUUACACCAUCAUACAAUUCAGACACGAUAGUCGUAACAUAACUGCUUUUUACACUUCUAAUUCGACAUUUUGCAAAGCAAUCGUAUAAAUUUCAAUUUCGAUGGAUUUCGCAAUCGAAUGUAUCUACAUUCUCCGAUAAUAGAUUAAAUACGCGGAAUCUUCCUCGAGUUCGUGAAUCGUAGACUUUCUCUUAUAAACGUGUGCAUGCGAAAAAUUAGC